UUCUAUUGGCUGCCGGUCCAUACGGAUGAAUAGUUGCUGCCAUGACUCCUUUAUGUGGUGUCUAUGACCGUAACGCAAAUAAGCACGUCAGCACUGCUGAUCACACACCGUGAGUGGCUCACUCCUGCCGCACCCACGGAGUACCGACUACACCCUGUGUAAGGUCGCAGUUCAAUCCAGCACUGGCCAUGUUCCUGUAUGUCCUAGCCGCGGUGUGUGCCGUCCUGCUCGGCCCAGGUGAGGUCCAGGCGGCGGCUGACGUCACGGCCCCGGCAGGAAGAGUGUUGGGGCUGGAGCAGGACGUGAGCGGGACGACAGUCAACACCUUCCUGGGGAUCCCGUUCGCACACCCGCCCGUCGGGGCCCGGCGGUUCCGGCGGGCGGAGCGCCUGCAGCCCUGGGACGGGGUUUACCACGCCACGAGGAAACCAAACGCGUGUAUUCAGGUCGAUGACUCCUCUGGCUCCGACGUUUUGCCAGGAUGGGAGAUCAACACACCGAAGAGCGAGGACUGUCUGUACCUGAACGUGUGGCAGCCGACUCCCGUCCCCACCGCGGCUGCCGUCAUGGUCUGGAUAUACGGCGGCUCCUUCACAUCGGGUUCGAUUGCCCUUGACAUAUACGAUGGUCGGUACCUCGCCGCCACAGAGGGAGUCGUGGUGGUGAGUGUGAACUACCGGGUUAGCACGUUGGGGUUCGCCUACGCCGGGACGAAUGACGCUCCAGGGAACAUGGGGCUGACGGACCAGCUGGUGGCCCUGCAGUGGGUGCAGGACAACAUCGCGUCGUUCGGGGGCGACCCCUCCAAAGUCACCAUCUUCGGUGAGAGUGCGGGAGCCAUAAGCGCCGCCCUCCACCUGAUGUCCCCGGAGAGCAGAGACGUGUUUAACCGCGCCAUCUUGCAGAGCGGGACGGCUCUGUAUGAGGAGCUCAUCUUCUCUCCAGACGACAUGUACGGCAACACCAAGGCUCUGGCCGAGAGGCUGGGGUGUCCCACUGAACAAGGCCCAGCAGCCAUGAUGGCGUGUCUGAGAGAACAAGACGCAGAGAGCCUUGUGGCCGGCUACCCGCCGCUGUACCCGGUCAUCGACGGCAGCUUCAUCCAACAAAACCCCGUAAAGGCUCUAGAUGAUGGACAGUUCAAACAGACGGACAUCCUGCUGGGCAGCAAUACCAAUGAGGGGAUGCUGUUCUUGAUACUUUAUGGAAUUCCUGGGUACGGUGUUGGCAGCGUCGACAGGAGCCAGUUCAUACAAAACAUCUAUGCGAUGACGACUGGUCUGAACGAGCUGGCAGUGGAGGCAGUCGCCUUCCAGUACACCGACUGGCUGCGCCCCGAUGAUGGGGACAUGUACCGAGACGCCCUGGACACCGCCUUAACAGACCAGUAUUACUUUUGCCCGAACUUCAGGACGGCGCGCGCCCAUACCCGAGUCGGGACGACGGCCUACAUGUACGAGUUCGCCCAUCGUGCCUCUAACGUAGUCUCUCCGGACUGGGCGGGCGUGCUCCACACCGCGGAAAUACCGUUCGUUUUCGGGGGGCCCCUGAACGCUACCUUGGGGUACACCGCCGAGGAGGUUGAGCUGUCCCGGAGGAUGAUGCGGCACUGGGCAAACUUUGCUAAAACAGGGAACCCCAACAAUGAACAGGCCGUGUGGAGCCCCUACACGGAGUCCAGCCGGGGCUACCUGAUGUUGGACACGGGCGCGCCCCGCAUGGUGACCGGGCAGAAGGCCAAGGAGUGUGCCCUGUGGGACCACUACGUGCCGGCUCUCCUCAACACGACAGAUACAGGCAAGCCCGAGCAGUGCCAGGCAGUGGAGGAAUCCAGCUCGGCGGCGACAUUUUGGGCACAGGGUCUGGCGGUCUCGUCACGUCCGUCUUCGUCGCGCUCUAAGAGAGGCAGUCAGAUGCACACUGGACUACGUUUCCAGUUGCUUUUUGGCUCAUCUUAUUACCUGGAUGUCUAA